AUGGGUCCGGGACGGAUUAAUGCCAUCGCUGGAGUCCUUGUUCAGUCCAGCAAAGAGAAGAUGAGCAUCUACCAGGCCAUGAUGAGAGGCGUUCUCACACCGGGGACCGCGCUGGUGCUGCUGGAGGCACAGGCUGCCAUAGGGUUCAUCAUCGACCCAGUGAAGAACAAGGAGGUUCCUGUGAGAGACGCACUCUCUGCUGGGCUGACAGGUGGAGAUUAUCACGAGAAGCUGCUCUCUGCAGAGAGAGCAGUGACCGGAUACACUGACCCCUACACGGGCGGCAAGAUCUCCCUCUUCCAGGCCAUGAAGAGAGACCUGAUAGUCAAAGACCACGGCAUCCGCCUGCUGGAGGCCCAGAUCGCCACCGGCGGCAUCAUCGACCCCGUGCACAGUCACCGCCUCCCCGUGGAGGUGGCCUACAAGCGGGGCUACUUCGACCAAGAGUUGAACCGGAUACUUUCUGACCCCCAAAAUCACAGCAGAAGCUGUUUCGACCCCAACACGCAUGAGAACCUCACCUACAUGCAGCUCCUCAGCAGAUGCAUCCCAGACCCAGACACGGGGCUCCUGAUGCUUCAGCUGAUACACAAAGGCUCCGUGCUCUUCCAGCUAGAUGAAAAAACACGAAUCUCCUUACAGUCUGCCCCUGCCACCGUCAGCGUGGGACUCUUCCAGGGGCAGAACGUGACCGUGUGGGAGCUUCUCUAUUCCAGAUACGUCCCUGACCAAAAAAGGCAGGAGCUUCUGAAGAAGUACAAAGCAGGGACGCUAACCAUUCAGGAAAUGACGACCAUCAUCACCACCCUCAUCAACGAGGCCGAGCAAAAGAGCAGCAGAGAGCCCGGUCACGUGAAGAGUCCGAGCACGCAACGGGAAAUGUCACACAACACCGAGGCUGCCCGUUCACAGAGAGAUGAAAAACGGGAGAAGGCCCUGAAGACUAUGACAGUCGACGGGCCGGGGGGCGAUUUCGAAGGGCAAAAGUUCUCUGUAUGGGAUCUGCUCUUCUCCAAUUAUGUCCUUGAAGAGAAAAGACAAGAGCUUCUAAAGAAGUACAAAGCAGGGACACUUGCCAUCCAUGAAAUGAUAACUGUCAUCACCACCAUCAUCACCGAGAUUGAAGAGAAAAGCAGAAAACUCCCCACAACUAGGAAAACUCCCAGCAAAGAGACAAGAACGCAACCUGAGAAAGACAAAGAUGCCCCCUCCUUUGAAGAGCAACAAACAGAAAAAGCCUUAAAGUCUACCCUGGUGGAGGUGCCGGCAGGCGAGUUCCAUGGCCGAAAAGUCUCCGUCUGGGAUCUGCUCUUCUCCAAAUACAUCCCCGAAGAGAAGAGGAAGGAGCUCCUGCAGUUGCACAGAGCUGGGAUAUUAACCACGGACCAAAUGAAAACCAUCGUCACCACCAUCGUAAGCAAAACAGAGGAGAAAAGUCACCAUCUACCAGGACAUGGGGAAAGUCCCAGUGUGGAGACAACAACAUCAGAGGAAGCUGAGACUCCCGGCUCACUGUGCGACAAACAUUUGGAAAACGCUUUGCGGUCAGAGACUGUCGACGUUCCUGUCGGGGAAUUCAAAUGGCAGGAGGUUUCCCUCUGGGAGCUUCUCUUCUCUAGCUACAUCUCUGAAACCAAGAGACAGGAGCUUCUGAAAAAGUACAGAGCAGGGAGGCUAACCAUUCAAGAAAUGAUAACCAUCCUCACCAGCAGCGUUACCGAGGCCGAAGGGAAAAGCAGAAAACAAGAGCAACAAACAGAAAAAGCCUUAAAGUCUACCCUGGUGGAGGUGCCGACACGCGAGUUCCGUGGCCGAAAAGUCUCUGUCUGGGAUCUGCUCUUCUCCAAAUACAUCCCCGAAGAGAAGAGGAAGGAGCUCCUGCAGUUGCACAGAGCUGGGAUAUUAACCACGGACCAAAUGAAAACCAUCGUCACCACCAUCGUAAGCAAAACAGAGGAGAAAAGUCACCAUCUACCAGGACAUGGGGAAAGUCCCAGUGUGGAGACAACAACAUCAGAGGAAGCUGAGACUCCCGGCUCACUGUGCGACAAACAUUUGGAAAACGCUUUGCGGUCAGAGACUGUCGACGUUCCUGUCGGGGAAUUCAAAUGGCAGGAGGUUUCCCUCUGGGAGCUUCUCUUCUCUAGCUACGUCUCUGAAACCAAGAGACAGGAGCUUCUGAAAAAGUACAGAGCAGGGAGGCUAACCAUUCAAGAAAUGAUAACCAUCCUCACCAGCAGCGUUACCGAGGCCGAAGGGAAAAGCAGAAAACUCCCCACAACAAAGAAAACCCCUUGCAAAGAGACAAGGAUGCUAUCAGAGAAAGACAAAGAUGCCCCCUCCUUUGAAGAGCAACAAACAGAAAAAGCCUUAAAGUCUACCCUGGUGGAGGUGCCGACACGCGAGUUCCGUGGCCGAAAAGUCUCUGUCUGGGAUCUGCUCUUCUCCAAAUACAUCCCCGAAGAGAAGAGGAAGGAGCUCCUGCAGUUGCACAGAGCUGGGAUAUUAACCACGGACCAAAUGAAAACCAUCGUCACCACCAUCGUAAGCAAAACAGAGGAGAAAAGUCACCAUCUACCAGGACAUGGGGAAAGUCCCAGUGUGGAGACAACAACAUCAGAGGAAGCUGAGACUCCCGGCUCACUGUGCGACAAACAUUUGGAAAACGCUUUGCGGUCAGAGACUGUCGACGUUCCUGUCGGGGAAUUCAAAUGGCAGGAGGUUUCCCUCUGGGAGCUUCUCUUCUCUAGCUACGUCUCUGAAACCAAGAGACAGGAGCUUCUGAAAAAGUACAGAGCAGGGAGGCUAACCAUUCAAGAAAUGAUAACCAUCCUCACCAGCAGCGUUACCGAGGCCGAAGGGAAAAGCAGAAAACUCCCCACAACAAAGAAAACCCCUUGCAAAGAGACAAGGAUGCUAUCAGAGAAAGACAAAGAUGCCCCCUCCUUUGAAGAGCAACAAACAGAAAAAGCCUUAAAGUCUACCCUGGUGGAGGUGCCGACACGCGAGUUCCGUGGCCGAAAAGUCUCUGUCUGGGAUCUGCUCUUCUCCAAAUACAUCCCCGAAGAGAAGAGGAAGGAGCUCCUGCAGUUGCACAGAGCUGGGAUAUUAACCACGGACCAAAUGAAAACCAUCGUCACCACCAUCGAGGUUUUCCUGUGGGAGCUUCUCUUCUCUAGCUACAUCUCUGAAACCAAGAGACAGGAGCUUCUGAAAAAGUACAGAGCAGGGAAGCUAACCAUUCAAGAAAUGAUAAUCAUCCUCACCACCAGUGUUACCGAGGUUGAAAAAGUGAUCUGGAAUCUAUGUAUAAACAGAGAAGUUCCCAGUAAAGUGGGGGUAACAUUAGACAAGGCUGAGGAUGGCCAUUCACAAGAGAAACACUUGAGAAAGUCCUUAAAGCAUGUGACCAUCUAUGUAAAUACUGGUGAGAUCCAAGGGCAAAAUGUUUCAUUGUUAGAUCUUCUCUUCUCUAAAUACUUUCCUCAAGAGAAGAGACAGGAGCUCCUUGCGUUGUAUAGAGCAAGGGUUUUAACCAUUGAACAGAUGAUACCCAUCAUCACUAGCAUCAUAACAACAACAGAAGAUACAAGUAGGCAAUUCGUGACAAGUGUCAAAAGUCCAAACAGAGAGGAGAUAACUUCGCUGGAAGCUGUAGUUGCCCAUUCUCCACAAGAUAUACAACUGGACAACAUCUUAAAAGCUACAACCAUAGAUGGACCUGUCAGUGAGUUCCAAGGUCAAAAGGUCUCGAUGUGGGACUUGCUCUUCUCUAAUUACAUCCCUGAAGAGAAGAGACAGGAGCUCCUGGAGCUGCACAGAGUUGGGAUAUUAACCACAGACCAGGUGAUAACCGUGGUCACCAUCCUCAUUAGGAAAAAAGAAGAUACAAGCAGGAAAUUUGUGAUUAAUGUGAAAACUCCCAGCAAAGACACGAUGACCUUAGAGAAAGCUGAGGAUGUUGACUUGCAUGAAGAGAAAAAACUGGAAAAGGCCUUAAAGUCUACCAUGGUUGAUGUGCUGGCUGGUGAGUUCCAUGAGCAAAAGGUCUCGGUGUGGGACCUGCUUUUCUUUAACUACAUCCCUGAAGAGAAGAGACAGGGACUCCUGGAGCUGUACAGAGCACGGAUAUUAACCAUGGACCAGGUGAUAACUGUUGUCACCAGCAUUGUAACCAAAAUAGGAACAACAAGGAGAAAACUAGAAACAAAUGUGCACAGUCCAAGUGCAGAGAGGGCCCCAUCGCAAGAAGCUGAUGCUGCCUAUUCAGAGAGAAAUGAAAAUCAGGAAAUGGCCUUAAAGUCCACGAUAGUUGGGCCAGUGGGCGAGUUCCAAGGGCCAAAGGUCUCUGUGUGGGAUCUGCUCUUCUCCAAAUACGUCCCUAAGGAAACAAGACAAGAGCUUCUAGAGAAACACAGAGCAGGGACGCUCACCACCAAGAAAAUGAUAACCAGCCUCACCAGCAUCGUCUCACAUGCUCUGGAGGAGGAUCUCUUUCCAGAUAACCAACAAAUAUUGAAUCUCCUACAAUCUGAGGCAUCCUAUGUGACAGUUGGCUGGUUCCAGGAUCCAAGAGUUUCUGUCUGGGAACUUCUCUCCUCUAAAUGUGUCUCCCAGUACAAUCGAGAGGUGCACUUGGAUACAUACAAUGCAGGAAGGUUAGCUGUUAAUGAGAUUACAAUCACCACCACCAUCAUUGCAAACUUUGGCAGGAAGCCAAUGAUAGCUGGGUGCCCAGGGACCCUGGCACUGCAGAUCAUUUAUGAACAUGUUGAAUAG